AUGACGAAGGGUACCUCCUCGUUUGGUAAGAGACACAACAAGACGCACACUCUGUGCCGUCGUUGCGGUCGCCGCUCGCUUCACAUCCAGAAGCACACUUGCUCUUCCUGCGGUUACCCCUCGGCCAAGACCCGCAAGUACAACUGGUCCGAGAAGGCUAAGCGGAGAAAGACCGUCGGCACUGGCCGCAUGCGCUACCUCAAGGGCGUCUCCCGCCGCUUCAAGAACGGCUUCCAGACCGGUGUCCCCAAGGGCUCUGCUGGCCCCGCCCAGGCGUAA